GAGGAGAAUACAAUCAUAUCCAGAAUGCCAGGGAGGGAAACAUGAUAGCAACAGCUGGAAAACAAGGCCUGCUGUAGUCAGCCAGUAGGAUUAGCAGUGCAGCAGCUGCUGGGUAGAGAGAAGCACAUUGAUAUGUACGGGUGAUGAAGACAUUAAUUUGUAAUGGCAGGGAGUUUCUCACUACCUGACUCAUGAGGUGAGGGGGCUCUGAGACAUCCUGGGCUGUGGGCCCUCAGAGCUUGAGAUGGGGGAGGCAUGUGAUGAGAUUUCUUGGGAGGACCAAGUGCUUUUUCUAAGGGAGUUUUCAUGUCCUUUUCUGAAUGUGAAGCACAAGCUGUUUGUUCACCAGACAGUGUUUGGGGAAUGUGCCAUUUGGGUCAUUCCUGCCUAGUCAUGAUUGAAGCCCCAGACUCGUAUCAGUCACCCUGCAAAAUACCCAACAAAAGAUCUGAAUGGCAUCAGAGUGGUCCGUUAAAAGAGUAGAGACCCAGAGAUAAAGCAACUUUAACCUUGCUGCCUCCUCUUCUGUAAAAGCUGAGGAGAAUCCCUCUGACAGCAGAGAUAGUGGACCUUCUUAGGAAGCAAAAGCAGGAUUCAGAUUUCUCUGUCCAUCUUGGCAAUAGCUUGCAGCCUGUGAGGAUAUACGGCAAAAAUGUGGUAUUUGACAAGGUGGCAGCACUUUUGUCCCCUUAAACAGAAUCAGAUCAUUGAAAGCCUAUAAUCAUUGUAUUUUCAGCUCAAAGAGUACAUCCACCUGUUCACAUGAAUCCAACAGGAGUAUCACUCUCUCCCAAAACACACCUUGGGAACAUAAGUGGUAGUUCUUAACAGAGGAUAUGAGAAGGGAAUGACUGCCUAAUCCUGGUGUCAGAGCUGUCAUCAGCACUGACAUGUGCAGGCAGUAGGAAGGAUCCAAAUUUGGAAGAAGAAAUGGUUAAAUUUGUUGUUAUAGUCAAUGUAGUUCAGAAUAUCUGAUUUAAGAGUUCAUGGCUUAUGUGAGAUUUCAUGAGUCAUGGUCAUGAUUAAGAUACUAGUAGCUCAAUUAAGAUGAAUAUUCUGCUGACACAGAGUUUGGCUCUUUCCUCUGUGUUUAAAGUUCGAAAAUAAAAAGGCUUUUGAACUCGAAUGGCAUUACAGUGUGACAAAGCAGAAAAACAGAGAAAUAAAUCCUUCAGAGAAAAGAUGAGUAGUGAGGGCUGGACUGAUUUGUAGAUUGCUUGGCAGAAACCUCUGUCCUGGAUUGGCAUGAAGCAAUGCCUAUUUUUCGAAAAGUUAUACCAUGCUGGACAACAGAUGGAUAAAGGCAUGGGAAUACAGGGAAACUGUGAUAUUGUCAGCCAGAGAGGUGCUACUGCUUUGAUUAUCUUGGUCCCAGUGAAGAUUUUUUGGGUAUUUUAGUGAAAGAAGCUUUAUGGAAGGAGCUGAAGGACAGUGAGGUGGCUUUGUGUGGUUUUGGGAGAAGCAUGUCCCAGGUAUGAGGGUAGAGAAAGUGAGGGUGUACUUGCUUUGAACAUUAAAGAGAGCUGGCAUCCUGUGCUGAGGGAAACACUCCAGCUCUGAAUGAGAGCAAAGAUGGGGCGGGGAUGGGCUGUGACCUGUACUGAAAACCAAGACAAGCAGUGGACAGGACAUUACAGAGGAAGGUCUCACCAGCAAGUGGUCCCCUUGGCAUCAAUGCUUCAGGUGGGUUUGAGCAAGGCCACAGGACACCUGUGUCAAUGGGCAGAAAAGAAUCAUAGCAGCAGUCUGGAUGGAGAAGGGCUGAGGAAGUGACUGCUUCAUUCAUUUAUUUCUUACCCAUUGUAUCAGAUUGCAGCUCUCAUCAGCAGUGUACUGGUUCUGGCCUGGAGGACCUAGCACUAGGGAUAGUUUUAUUUACAAAAACGUGGAUUUAAUCAGAGAAACCAGUAAUAAUUAACCAAGGAGUUGGACAUUGAGCCUUUCUCUGGUAUUGAUGGUUCCUGAGCAAUUACUCAUUGGGUCACCCUUGACUUCUGAGUUAUCUACUAACUCAGUGAACAAUGAGACAACGUGAUCCUUGCAGUCACCCUACCUUUCUACUGUUCCUCAAGAGCACAAAUGAUUAAGCAAAUCCAGUUCCAGCCUUAGAGACACCAUCCCCAUGUGCCCCUAGCAUACUUCCACCUUUCUAAGCAGCAGGGUGAUGAUUUAAUGGCAGUCACUGUCCUCAGGAGUGUUCCUCUGUCUCCAGUGAUGGGGGUUGCCUUAGAAUGAAGAUUCAAAGUCUCUUUGGGGUUUUGUGGCCACGCAGCUGCCAUAACAUGCAGACAACGUGGAAAUGUGGGAAAGGGAGAAGCAAAAGUAAUAGUUCAAAAAGCCUCCUGGCUCUGCAGGCAGGAAGUUGGUAAAAGGAGCCCAGAUCCUGGGUAUUCAGAAAGACCAGUGCAGCAUGUGGUCAGCUCAGCUGCCAGACACUGCAAAUUCUCAAGCCUGGGACACUGCUGAUGUCAUGGGCCUCCUUGCUGGUUGGCAUAUGAAAAAAAGGGUACUGUCUCCUUUGGCUUCUGUGGGACCAGCUCUUGCUGGACUUUUUGUCACCAUUCAGCAGGCUUGUUCUGGCAGGAGAGAUCGUUGCAAAAAAGCAGUGUCUUCAGUGGGUCCAUAUGAGCUUGUCUCUGUUGGUGUGCACUGAUGAAGGCUAGUGGUUUCUGAACAGUGGCUGUGGUGUCCUGCAGUGACUCUGGCUUCCCUGUAUCUCCCCUUUGAUCUCUUUUUUGAGUCUUCCUCUCCUCCCUUCCCCUGAUCCCAUGUGGUUUCCCAAGCCCUUUUGGUCACAGCUUUGAUUUGUGGUGUUGUGCAAUAGCACCAAGUUAAUAAAUAACUGUGUGUCAUCAGGGAUUUUGUCCCAACGCUACUUGAGGGCGUGGGGGACUUUUAUCCCAAGCAUCCACUCAGGACUUGGGCAGAGCGCGGAGAAGGAGCUGCCGUCUCUUCUCCCCUGAGCCAUGUCAGCAGCCCUGGAGGAGUUCUGCGGCUCCAUCUUCUGGAAUGAUUCUUACCUUGCUCGUCCAGAUGCCGACCUGCCUGUGUGCUUCCAGCAGACUGUGCUGGUCUGGGUCCCCCUUGGCUUCUUCUGGAUUUUGGCUCCAUGGCAGCUCUUGCCCAUGUGCAAAUCCAAAGCCAAGAAAUCAUCUGUGACCAAACUCUACAUCAUCAAGCAGAUGCUGGCUGCUUUGCUGGUGGUGACGGCAGUGGCAGAGUUGGCCCUGGCAUUUGUAGAGGACACAGAGCAGGACACCGUGCCAGCUGUCAAGUACACGAACCCCAGCCUGUACAUCGCCACCUGGCUCCUGGUCCUGCUGGUCCACGAGGCACGACGCUUCUGCUUGCGCAGAGACUCGGGGGUACUUUUCUGCUUCUGGAUACUGUCCCUGCUCUGUGGGAUAUUGCCGUUCCAGUCACUUGUCCGGAGAGCCCUGCAGGAACCAAUCUCCGACCUGCCACGGUUUAUCCUCUUCUUCAUCUCCUAUGGGCUCCAGCUGCUCAUCUUCCUUGUCUCGGGCUUCUCAGAUGUUGCCCCAGAAACAAAGGAAAUCAGGAAGAAGAACCCAGAGGUGACAGCCUCCUUCCUGAGCUCCAUUACCUUUGAAUGGUACAGCAGCGUUGUUUUCAAGGGCUAUCGCAAGCCUUUGGAGAUAGAGGAUGUCUGGGAAUUGAAAGAUAAAGACAGGACACAGGCACUUUGCACUGCUUUUGAGAAGAACAUGAAGACUGCCAUACAGAAGGCCCAAGCUGAACUGGAGAAACGGAAACGCAAGAAAAGACACCAGAAAGGUGACCCAGACCAUGGAAACAAUAUGACCAAGGCCCAGAGCCAAGACAUCCUGGUGCUGGAGGAGAAGCAGCCGAAGAAGAAGAAGAAGGGAGACAAAGGAGACUCUGGCCCUCCUGAGGAUUACGCCAGGGGUUGGUUGAUGAAAACACUGGGCAAGACCUUCCGGCAGAACCUCAUGCUAGCAGUGGCAUUCAAACUGGUUUAUGAUGCACUUGUGUUUGUCAGCCCCCAGCUGCUGAAGCUGCUGAUUGCCUUUGUGUCGGAUGAGGAGGCUUUUGCCUGGCAAGGCUAUUUAUAUGCCAUCCUGCUCUUCCUGGCAGCGGUGGUCCAGUCCAUCUGCCUGCAGCAGCACUUCAGCUUGUGCUUUCAGCUUGGCAUAAAUGUGCGUGCCAGCCUCAUCGCUGCCAUUUACAAGAAGUCACUCACCAUGUCCAAUGCCACCCGCAAGGAGUCCACAGUGGGAGAGACUGUGAAUCUGAUGUCAGCUGAUGCCCAGAGGUUCAUGGACAUGGCCAACUUUGUUCACCAGCUGUGGUCAUCUCCCCUGCAAAUUAUCCUCUCCAUUGUCUUCCUCUGGGCAGAGCUGGGCGCCUCUGUCUUGGCUGGCAUUGCAGUCAUGGUACUGCUCAUCCCCAUAAAUGCAUUCCUGGUUGCCAAGGCCAAAACCAUUCAGGUGAGGAACAUGAAGAACAAGGAUGAACGGAUGAAAAUAAUGACUGAAAUCCUCAAUGGAAUCAAGAUCCUGAAGCUUUUUGCCUGGGAGCCCUCAUUUGAGAAGCGAGUUAACGACAUACGGGCACAUGAGCUCAAGGACUUGCUGAAAUUCAGUUACCUGCAGUCGAUUUCUGUCUUUGUGUUCACGUGUGCCCCCUUCCUGGUCUCCUUGGCCAGUUUUGCCGUCUAUGUGAUGGUGGAUGAGAACAACAUCCUGGAUGCACAGAAGGCCUUUACUGCUAUUUCCCUUUUCAACGUCCUGCGUUUCCCCAUGGCCAUGCUGCCCAUGGUCCUCUCUUCACUAGUGCAGACCAAUGUGUCGACUGCGAGGCUGGAACGCUACCUGAGCGGAGAAAACCUGGACACCUCAGCUAUCCAGCACAAUCCCAUUCCAGGCAACGCUGUGCGUUUCUCGGAGGCCACCUUUUCCUGGGAGCAGGACGGCAGUGCUGCGAUAAGAGAUGUCACCCUGGACAUUACACCUGGGAGCCUGGUGGCCGUGGUGGGGGCUGUGGGCUCAGGCAAAUCUUCACUGGUGUCAGCUAUGCUUGGGGAGAUGGAGAAUAUCAAGGGACACAUCAACAUCCAGGGCUCCCUGGCCUAUGUCCCCCAGCAGGCCUGGAUCCAGAAUGCCACCCUGAAAGACAACAUCCUUUUUGGGUCAGAACUGGAUGAAGCCCGGUAUCAGCAGGUCCUUAAGGCCUGUGCCCUCCUUCCAGACCUGAAAUUGCUGCCUGCGGGUGACCAGACAGAGAUUGGAGAGAAGGGUAUCAACCUGAGUGGGGGCCAGAAGCAGCGAGUGAGCCUGGCCCGGGCAGUGUACAGCAACGCAGACAUCUACGUGCUGGAUGACCCGCUGUCUGCCGUGGAUGCUCACGUUGGCAAGUACCUCUUCAAGCACGUGCUGGGCCCAAAAGGGCUGCUGCAAAAGAAGACACGGAUCUUGGUGACACACAGUAUCAGCUUCCUGCCCCAGGUCGACAACAUCGUGGUGAUGGCAGCAGGAGCAGUGACUGAGCAUGGCUCCUACAGCAACCUGCUGGCAAACAAGGGGGCCUUUGCCCAGUUCCUGAACUUGUAUGGCAGGCAGGAGGAGGAUGUUUCAGAGAAAAAUAACACAGCUGUUGGUUUAGCUGGGGAUGAAGAGCAGAGUGAUGAAGACCUUGAGCCUUGCGUGGAGGAGGGCCCUGAAGAUGUGGUGACUAUGACCCUGAAGCGAGAGGCCAGCAUCCAUCGGAGACAAUUGAGUCGCAGCCUUAGUAAAAGGAGCACCAGUUCCUGGAAGAAGGCCCAGGAGGAGCCCCGAAAGAAAGUGAAGGGACAGCAACUGAUUGAGAAAGAAGCUGUGGAAACCGGCAGGGUAAAGUUCUCCAUGUACAUGCAGUACCUGCGUGCUGUUGGCUUGUGCUAUUCCUUCUGGAUUGCCAUGGGCUACGUUGCAGAGUACGCCGCCUAUGUGGGGACCAACCUGUGGCUCAGUGCCUGGACAGACGAUGCGCAGCGCUACCUGAACCAGACCUAUCCCACGGAGCAGCGAGACCUGCGGAUCGCUGUCUUUGGGGUACUUGGGGUGUCACAAGCUGUCUUCCUGCUCUUUGCCACCAUGCUGUCUGCUCGGGGUGCCACACGAGCCUCACGGGUUCUGCAUCGGCAGCUGCUCAGCAACAUCCUGCACGUGCCCAUGAGCUUCUUUGACACGACCCCAAUUGGCCGCAUUGUGAAUAGGUUUGCCAAGGACAUCUUCACAGUAGAUGAGACCAUUCCCACGUCCUUCCGCACCUGGCUCUCCUGUUUCAUGGGCAUCAUUAGCACAUUGAUCACGAUCUGCCUGGCCACUCCAUACUUCGCUCUCAUUAUUAUUCCCUUGAGCAUCUUCUACUAUUUUGUGCUGCGCUUCUAUAUCUCCACGUCACGCCAGCUAAGGCGUCUGGACUCUGUCACCAGGUCUCCCAUUUACUCCCACUUCGGUGAGACAGUGUCAGGCCUUUCUGUGAUCCGGGCCUAUGAACACCAAGAACGGUUCAUGCAGCAUAAUGAGACCAUCAUGGACAUAAAUCAGAAAAGUGUUUAUUCCUGGAUAAUCUCAAAUAGGUGGCUGGCCAUCCGUCUGGAGUUCGUUGGGAGCCUGGUGGUCUUCUUCUCUGCGCUUCUAGCAGUGAUUUCAAAGAGCACUUUGGCGGGCGGCAUCGUGGGUCUUUCUGUCUCCUCUGCUCUCAGCGUGACCCAGACACUGAAUUGGCUGGUGAGGACAUCUUCGGAGUUGGAGACAAACAUCGUGGCUGUGGAGAGGGUACAUGAGUACAUGAAGGUGGAGAACGAGGCUCCAUGGGUGACAGGAAAGCGUCCACCACGUGGCUGGCCCAGCAAAGGCGAGAUCCAGUUCAUUGACUACAAAGUUCGUUACAGACCUGAACUGGACCUGGUUCUUCAGGGGAUCACCUGCAAUAUUGGGAGCACUGAGAAGGUCGGGGUUGUGGGCCGGACCGGGGCUGGAAAAUCCUCCCUCACCAACUGCCUCUUCCGAAUGCUGGAGGCUGCUGGAGGGAAGAUCCUCAUCGAUGAGGUGGACAUAGCAACGAUUGGCCUCCAUGACCUGCGCAAGAACCUCACCAUCAUACCUCAGGACCCUGUGCUCUUUACUGGAACCCUGCGGAUGAACCUGGACCCCUUUGACCAGUACUCAGACGAGGAGGUCUGGAAGGCCCUUGAGCUGGCUCACCUGAAGACAUAUGUGCAAGACCAUCCUGAGGGACUUCUGCAUCUUGUGAGCGAGGGAGGGGAGAACCUGAGUGUUGGGCAGAGGCAGCUGGUGUGCUUGGCCCGGGCCCUUCUCCGCAAAGCCAAGAUCCUCAUCCUGGAUGAAGCAACAGCAGCUGUAGAUCUGGAAACUGAUCAUUUAAUCCAGACAACAAUCCGGAGCGAGUUUUCUGACUGCACUGUCCUUACUAUCGCUCACCGCCUCCACACCAUCAUGGACAGCAACAGGGUGAUGGUGCUGCAGGCUGGGCAGAUUGUGGAAUUUGACAGCCCCGAGGAGCUGCUCCAGAAGCAGGGCAUCUUCUCCAUGAUGGCAAAGGACGCUGGCAUCACCAGUACCGAAAGUACUGCCCUGUAGGGGGAGCGCUGCAGCGUCCAGGUGUGUGCGGGCAGCUCCCUCCUGCUGGCGCUCACCGAGCUGGCGUCAGCGUCUCCCCGCAGCCAAGCUGCCCAGGAAUUUGCCUUUCUGCAGCUGGGAAGCAGAGAGGGUGGCUUCUCUGGUUGUCCAGAGACAGAGCAUCUGGACUCGAGUGAGCUGUUAACAUUGCUACCAUGCCCUGCCUGCUGUGCACACAGGGGUCUGGAGCUGCUUAACUUAUUCUACAGAGGGGAAAAGCUAUCUGUGAUGCAGGGAGAUCAUGACCCCUGUUGGGAGUGGUCUUACUUUUUGUACUUCACCAUGCCAGGUGAACCUACCUUAGAGAUGCUUUAGCACUGUGGAAUUAAAUUACUGUUUAAUCUAA